ACUUAGCCUAUCUUGCGCACCGUGCUCAGUCCAUGGGAUCACUGUGGGGAAACAACUCAGCCACUGGGAAAGACACAAAAAGGUUUCUUACUUAGCAAAUUGUGCCAUUAUAAAAGGUUGACACUUGUAAAGAAUAUUCGCAUUGAUGACGACUAUUAUUAAAGGAGUUUCAUGAUUGGGUCCAAGGACAUUCUCAGAAUAUCCUGUGGCAUUGAGGAUUAUUUGAUUUGAGCGUCUGCAAUGACAACCCAUCAAGCGUGUAGGAUUACCAUUGCCAGCUGUGCCUUGACUCACCAGCUCCACUCAAUGGACUGAAAUCUUGAACUAAAGAAUUUGGGGGAUUUCAUUAAAAACAGAACCAUGGGUGACUCCAUGUAUUCUGACUUGAUAGCCAGACAUUACAACUUCACAGGGAAGCUCCGGAAAGUGGAGCAGGAUUCCAGGCUCAAAGCGGACUCUGUGGUUUUCAUCAUUGUAUGUUGCUUCAUUAUUCUUGAGAAUGUCUUGGUCCUACUUACUAUUUGGAGGACCAAGAAGUUCCACAAGCCCAUGUACUACUUUAUUGGGAACUUAGCUUUAUCAGACUUGCUGGCUGGGGUGGUGUACACUGCCAACAUCCUGCUGUCAGGUGCCAACACAUACAAACUGACCCCCACACAGUGGUUCUUCCGGGAGGGUAGUAUGUUUGUGGCCCUGGCAGCCUCAGUCUUCAGCCUGUUGGCCAUCGCCAUCGAGCGCCACCUCACCAUGCUGAAGAUGAAGUUACACAACAAUGGCAACACGUGCCGUGUCUUCAUGCUCAUCAGCACCGUGUGGCUGAUUGCAGCCAUCUUGGGCGGCCUGCCCAUCAUGGGCUGGAACUGCAUCCAGAGCAUGCCCAGCUGCUCCACCGUACUGCCGCUCUACCACAAGACCUACAUCCUGUUCUGCACCACCGUCUUCAGCGUCAUCCUCAUGGCCAUUGUGGUGCUGUACGCGCGCAUCUACGCCCUGGUGCGCACCCGCAGCCGCAAGAUGGUGUUCCGCAAGGUCUCCAACGGCCGCGGUGGGGGUAGCGCUAGCAGCAAGAGCUCUGAGAAGUCCAUGGCCCUGCUGAAGACCGUGAUCAUCGUGCUGAGCUGUUUCAUCGCCUGCUGGGCCCCACUCUUCAUCCUUCUGUUGCUGGACGUGGCCUGCGACAUCCGCAUGUGCCCCAUCCUGUACAAGGCCGAGUGGUUUCUGGCCUUGGCCGUGCUCAACUCAGCCAUGAAUCCCCUCAUCUACACACUCACCAGCAACGAGAUGCGUCGCGCCUUCCUCAAAACGCUCCUGUGCUGCAGCGUCUGCACCCAGCCCUCCGGCAAGUUCUCCCAGCCCAUUAUUGGUGCAGAGUUCAGCCGGAGCAAGUCGGACAACUCGUCCCACCCCAAUAAGGAUGAGCCGGAGUACUUGCCAAGGGAGAACAUCGUAUCCUCUGGGAAUAUCACCUCCUCUUCUUAAAGAGCCUUCUGGACUGUUGUGUGAAAAGUAGCUCCACUGCUUAGGAAGUGUGGAUGUAUAUAUGUUUUUGUGCAGUGUGCAAGUGUGUUUGUACAUUAUGUAUAUAAAUGUGUAUACGUUGUGUGUGUGUGGUUUUGUUGCCCUGUGGAUGUAAAGUAUGUCAGUUUGUACAGUAAGUUGCCUCUUCAGUUUCCAUUUGUUUUAUCACUUCACAAAGUCUCUGUCCAUGUCAGAGAGUAGAGAUGUAGAGUUGUUUAGUUUGUUUUCUUCUCCCCUCACACCUUGGACUGCCAGCACUGAUCUGAAUAUGUUCAUAUUCAAAAGACAAUGGGAAGCACACACACCUAAACCAUAAACAAGAUUUACAGUAUCACACCUAAACCAUAAACCUGAUUUACAGUAUAGCACCUAAACCAUAAACCUGAUUUACAGUGUAGCACCUAAACCAUAAACCUGAUUUACAGUGUAGCACCUAAACCAUAAACCUGAUUUACAGUAUAGCACCUAAACCAUAAACCUGGCUUACAGUAUCGCACCUAAACCAUAAACCUGGCUUACAGUAUCGCACCUAAACCCUAAACCUGAUUUACAGUGUAGCACCUAAACCAUAAACCUGGCUUACAGUAUCGCACCUAAACCACAAACCUGGCUUACAGUAUCGCACCUAAACCCUAAACCUGAUUUACAGUGUAGCACCUAAACCAUAAACCUGGCUUACAGUAUGGCACCUAAACCAUAAACCUGGCUUACAGUAUCGCACCUAAACCCUAAACCUGAUUUACAGUAUAGCACCUAAACCAUAAACCUGAUUUACAGUAUCGCACCUAAACCAUAAACCUGAUUUACAGUGUAGCACCUAAACCAUAAACCUGGCUUACAGUAUCGCACCUAAACCAUAAACCUGAUUUACAGUAUAGCACCUAAACCACAAACCUGGCUUACAGUAUUGCACCUAAACCCUAAACCUGAUUUACAGUGUAGCACCUAAACCAUAAACCUGGCUUACAGUAUGGUACCUAAACCAUAAACCUGGCUUACAGUAUCGCACCUAAACCAUAAACCUGUCUUACAGUAUCGCACCUAAACCAUAAACCUGAUUUACAGUGUAGCACCUAAACCAUAAACCUGGCUUACAGUAUCGCACCUAAACCCUAAACCUGAUUUACAGUAUAGCACCUAAACCAUAAACCUGAUUUACAGUAUCGCACCUAAACCAUAAACCUGAUUUACAGUAUCGCACCUAAACCAUAAACCUGAUUUACAGUAUCGCACCUAAACCAUAAACCUGGCUUACAGUAUCGCACCUAAACCAUAAACCUGGCUUAGAGUAUCGCACCUAAACCCUAAACCUAAUUUACAGUAUAGUACCUAAAUUGUAAACCUAAUUUACAGUAUAGUACCUAAAUUGUAAACCUAAUUUACAGUAUAGUACCUAAAUUGUAAACCUGAUUUACAGUAUAGUACCUAAAUUGUAAACCUGGUUUACAGUAUUAUGAGAAGACGUUUUUGUCAAAGGUAUUUUUUUGUAUUUAGUCCAGCACUUGUUGUAAAAGUGAUAAAUAAGAACCAUCAACCCAUUAUAGGCGUUUACUGAUUCUCUAUAAUGGGUGUUGAUGGAAGAGUAAAAAUUGUUUGUAGUGCUUAUUGUUCUUAUUGAAAUAUUUAAGAAAUACAAUGAAUGAAGUGCUUGUGUAUCUUCAUCUUAACUCUGAAGGCUAGUACAAUGUCAAUUCUACCCCCUGAUUGAGAAUGUAUUUUGUACUUGUAAUUUGGUUUAUUUCACUCUUAUUGGAUAAAGUUCUUUGUAGCAAAGCAAUGUAGUUGCAAUAAUAAUUUAUAUUCAAAAGCGAAAAAGGCGUUUGGUUUGUGUGACAAAGGUUAUCUUUUUUAUCCAGUCAUGAUUUUAUUGUCCUUUCUGUUUCACUUUUAGAUGAAGAUACCGUAGCUCCAGCCAUUCAACAUAUUUGUCUGUCCCUCAGUUACCACUCUCAAAAAUAAUUUCAACUCUCGUGAAAACCAGCAUGCCCCAGUAAUAGGGAAGGUCAUGAGGAUGAAAACAAAAAAAGAUUGACUUCAAAGGGUAAGCAAUAGCACUGGUCCAUUCCUGAAAGUACCGAGCCCAAUAAUUACUUACAUUUUCAUAACGGAAUAAGUUAAUGACGAUGGGCACACACAUCACCAAUAGCUCACUGGAAUCCUCCCAUAUAGAUUUGUUGUUAAGAGCACCGUUAAACAUCGAUGGACAAGUACAAUGUCGCUUUUCAGGGGUCACAUAAUCACAGUUUGCCAAACUCCCAUGUGGACCCAAGUCAUAUUUUGCACGUGUUUUGGUUAGCUCUUAAUAAAUAUUGUAAAUAAAAAAAUUGUAUUGUUA